UGGAGUCUAAUGUGAUGUUGUUUCCUAACUAAGUGGGGAGGUUUGGUGGUGAAAUGGAAAGUUUACUAUCGUCCAAGUGAAGUUUUUUUUUAUUGUUCAUCAUCACAUUUUAAAAAAAAAAAGUGAUUUUCGGUGAAAAGCUAAAUCACACACUGACGCCCCGCCUACUUCUGCAAGCUCUGCAAAACACCAUCCAGCUGCGAGGCAGUCUGACAGCAAGCACGGAGGAUAUAAGACAUCGAAAGGAAAAGCUCACAAGGACAGCUAUAUGUUCCCUGGACUUACUAAAACGGAGUACAGAAACUGCAGGACUAUUCUGUAAGUAAACACAACAAAAGUGUAAUCUUUACAGCACUAUGUCAGUCAUCAACAACAGAAAGUUAACUUCAUUAUAUUCCUUGGGAGUACUUUUCUCUGAAUAGUGUCUGUCAGGGUAAAAUAACAAUGGUGGAACCGGUGGGGUUUGUAGAGGCUUGGAGAACCCAGUUUCCUGAGUCAGAUCCCCCAAGCAUGGAGCUGAAUUCCUUAGGAGCGAUUGAACAGGAGCUGGACAAAUGCAAGACGUCCAUCAGACAUUUAGAGAAGGAGGUAAACAAAGAGCGGUUUCGUAUGAUCUACCUGCAGACUCUUCUUGCUAAAGAGAAGAAGUCUUACGACGGGCAGCGCUGGGGGUUUAAAAGGCCUGCUCAGAUAAGUGAUGGAGACAUUUCCAGUGGUCCAGAUAGUCACAAAGAGGACGUAUCACUGGAGCCACCUCAGACCGGACCUGGACAAAUAGUAAAUUGGACACCACAUCCCGAUGGAGAAGUCGAAGGUGCCAAACAGAAGGGUCGCGUGUCCCCUAUUCGACAAGAGUCGGACAUUUCUGAAUUCCCAGUGGGACCGGGUUCGGUUGCAGCUUUGCGAUCAAACUUCGAACGCAUCAGGAGAGCAAAUUCCCACACCGCCGCAGAUGGACGCUUUUCGGUGGCGGGAAAGCCGGAGAAACCAUUCUACGUGAACAUGGAGUACCAUUACGAGCGCGGACUGGUCAAAGUCAACGACAGGGAGGUCUCGGAUAAGAUCAGUACGCUUGGAUGUCAGGCUAUGCAAAUGGAACGGAAGAGGUCUCUUCAUUCGGUACCGGGGAACCUUUCAGCCACAACUGGGGACAUAAACAAGUUUAUCCAACGGGGACGGUCCACAGAGGGGAACUACGGCUAUAACGGGUCUUAUGAUGAACCCGGGCAGCACUUCCUGAAAGACUGCGCGAUCAGGUCUACGUGCGAUCCACAAGCAUCGGAGUGUCCGCCGUACUCGAGUGUCUAUGUUGGCGGAAUAAUGGCUGCCGAAGGGGAGACUCGAGUGAUCCAGAUCAGAGACCACAGCAUAGAGAAAGACACACACCUAACAUGGCCGAGGCGCUCCUGCUCCCCCGGUAGCUUUGACGACGACGGCGGAGGAGGAUACACUCCGGACUGUAGCUCCAAUGAGAACCUAACAUCCAGCGAAGAGGACUUCUCCUCAGGCCAGUCCAGCCACGUCUCUCCCAGUCCGACCGCCUAUCCGAUGUUCAGGGAGAAAAGUCGCUCGCCGUCCCAGCAGUCUUGUGACAGUAGCAGCCCGCCCACACCACUCUCACUGAAGCGUCUGAAGCAGCAGGUGACCCUGACCGACGCCAACGUUAGAGUCCAUAAAACAGGACAACCCUGGCCCAGUGAUGGGGACUCCACCACGUCCAGCAGAACCUCCCAUGACAACAGUAUCCAAGGAGAUCUGGACACUGAGGCACCUCUGUCUUAUAACUAUGACCUGGAAAACUCCGAAGACCACCAGUCUCGUCACGAUGCUUUGUCCCUCACCGGGUCUCCUUCGUCCUCGCCACAACUCCGCUCUAAGAGUCGAUGCAGCCGAGACACUCGGUCGUCUUGUUCCCUGGAGUCCACAUUGUCGGUCGAGUUGGAUCAGGAAAAAGAUGUGGAGAUGAGGAAGUGGGUUUUGUCGGGAAUCCUGGCCAGUGAGGAGACCUACCUCAGCCACCUAGAAGCACUUCUGAUUCCCAUGAAGCCCCUGAGGGCGGCGGCCACAACGUCCCAACCAAUGCUGACCAUUCAACAGAUUGAGACCAUUUUCUUCAAAGUCCCAGAGCUCCAUGAGAUCCAUAAAGACUUCUAUGAUGCACUGCUUCCUCGUGUCCAAGACUGGAGUUACCAGCAGUGUGUGGGAGACCUCUUCCAGAGACUGGCCAGCCAGCUGGGAGUGUACCGGGCCUUCGUGGAUAACUAUAAGGUUGCUGUGGAGACAGCAGACAAGUGCUGCCAGGCAAACAUGCAUUUUGCCCAGAUAUCCGAGAAUCUCAAGGUCAAAAGCACGAAAGACUGCAAAGAUCAAUCCUCUAAGAAAUCACUAGAGACUCUUCUCUACAAGCCGAUUGACAGAGUGACCCGCAGCACACUCGUCCUGCAUGAUUUACUGAAGCAUACGCCCUGCAGCCACCCCGACUAUCCACUGUUACAGGACGCCCUGCGCAUCUCGCAGAACUUCCUGUCCAGCAUUAAUGAAGAAAUCACCCCUCGCAGGCAGUCCAUGACAGUCAAGAAGGGAGAGAAUCGUCAACUUCUGAGAGACCGCUUCAUGGUAGAACUGGUUGAAGGUUCCAGGAAACUCCGUCACGUCUUCCUCUUUACCGACCUUCUGCUGUGCACCAAGCUGAAAAAACAGGCUGUAGGCAAAGGACAACAGUAUGACUGCAAGUGGUACAUUCCUCUGGCUGACCUCACCUUCCAAACCAUCGAGGACUCCGAGUCGACUCCGAUCCCUCUGGUGCAGGACGAGGAAAUCGAUGCCCUCAAGAUCAAAAUAUCCCAGAUCAAGAACGAGAUCCAAAGAGAGAAGAGAACCACCAAAGGACCCAAAGCGGUGGAGCGACUAAGGAAGAAGUUAUCCGAGCAGGAGUCUCUGCUUCUUCUCAUGUCACCCAGCAUGGCUUUCAGGGUGGCUAACAGAAACGGCAAGGGCUUCACCUUUCUCAUCUCCUCUGACUACGAACGUGCUGAAUGGAGGGAGAUCAUUCGUGAACAGCAAAAGAAAUGUUUCAAAAGCUUUUCGCUCACAUCUCUGGAGCUGCAGAUGCUCACUAACUCGUGUGUAAAACUCCAGACUGUCCACACCGUUCCUGUGACUAUGAACAAAGAGGAUGACGAAUCUCCAGGAUUGUAUGGCUUCCUAAAUGUCAUUGUGCACUCUGCAUGUGGACUCAAGUACAGUUUAAAUCUUUACUGCUCUCUUGAGGUGGAUUCCUUUGGUUACUUUGUCAACAAAGCCAAAACACGCGUGUACAGGGACUCUACGGAGCCCAGCUGGAACGAGGAGUUUGAAAUUGAGCUGGAAGGAUCUCAGACGCUGAGGCUGCUCUGCUAUGAAAAGUCUUGCAGCAAACCCAAACAGAGCAAAGAAGAUGGCGAGAUGACAGACAAGAUUGUGGCCAAAGGACAGAUCAAGUUGGAUCCACAGAACCUGCAAAACAAAGACUGGCAGAGGACGGUUAUUGCUAUGAAUGGGGUUGAGGUCAAGCUUUCCAUGAAGUUCACCAGCAGAGAGUUCAGUCUCAAGCGUAUGCCUUCACGGAAACAGUCCGGUGUGUUUGGGGUCAAAAUCCAUGUCGUCACAAAACGGGAGCGCUCCAAGGUUCCUCUCAUUGUGAGGCAGUGUGUUGAGGAGAUCGAGCGCCGAGGGAUGGAAGAAGUGGGCAUCUACAGAGUGUCUGGCGUGGCAACGGAUAUCCAAGCUCUGAAGGCUGCCUUCGAUUGCAACAACAAGGACGUGUCUGUGAUGAUGAGGGACAUGGACGUCAACGCCAUCGCCGGGACGCUCAAGUUGUAUUUCCGGGAGCUGCCGGAGCCUCUUUUCACUGAUGAGCUGUACCCCAACUUUUCUGGGGGUGUUGCUCUCUCUGACAGUGUGGCUAAGGAGAGCUGCAUGCUCAACCUGCUGCUUUCUCUACCGGAGCCUAAUUUGGUCACCUUCCUCUUCCUGCUGGAUCACCUUAAAAGAGUGUCUGAAAACGAGUGCAUCAACAAAAUGUCCCUGCACAAUCUGGCCACCGUUUUUGGCCCCACUCUGCUCCGGCCUUCAGACAAGGACAGCAAACUCAGCAUAAACAGCUCACAGCCCAUCUCCAUGAACGACAGCUGGUCCCUGGAGGUCAUGGCUCAGGUGCAAGUUCUGCUCUAUUUCCUUCAGCUGGAGAACAUUCCAACACCUGAUAGCAAACGGCAAAGCCUUCUCUUCUCAACUGAAGUAUAACUGGAAUCCUAUUGGCUAAAAUGUUCUGCUUAGAAAAAAAGACUGACUGGAAUAGGAUGCACAGUGUUGCCACAAGGUGGAGCCAUUACACCUCAUGAGUCAAGACCUGCUGCUUUUACACCCUUAAUUUGAUGUAUGGAUGAAAUUCAUCUUCAUAUACAUAUAUAUAUACUAGUAUAUAUUAGAUGAUCACCUGUCAUUGUGCACAUUAGUUCCAUAUUCAUAAGAGUCAAUUUGUAAAGUUUCUGUUUUUUACGGUCUUAUCAAUAUGGAUGGAAGAUAAAUUAAUAUACGUUAAAAAAAAAAUGAAACCGUCAAUCUGAAAUAAAUAAAUAUUACAUAAAAAAACACAAAUUUUUACAUGCUUAUAUCUUUAUGCGGCUGCACGGUGGUCAAGUGGUUAGCGCGCAGACCUCACAGCUAAGGAGACCAGGGUUCAAUCCCACUCUCGGCCAUCUCUGUGUGGAGUUUAAAUGUAUAUUCACUAAUGCCCUUUCACUUUGAGGUUGUGAUAUGUAGUAUCCUACACUGGUCACCGGGUGUCAGUAAUAUUACUAUAAUGUUCGCUAAGACACACAAGCACCAGAACAAAAGCCUUUAUUGCAGGUUUGAAUGAUCUCACAACAAUCCCAAUCUCAAACACUGGUUACCUUUGACUUAUCACAGUAUUUAUAUAGUAAGUCGAAGAAGUGGUUAGCGCCCAGACCUCACAGCCAAGGAGACCAGGGUUCAAUCCCACUCUCGGCCAUCUCUGUGUGGAGUUUGCAUGUUCUCCCCGUGCAUGCGUGGGUUUUCUCCCACAUUCCAAAAACAUGCUAGGUUAAUUAGCGACUCCAAAUUGUCCAUAGGUAUGAAUGUGAGUGUGAAUGGUUGUUUGUCUAUAUGUGACCUGUGAUUGGCUGGCCACCAGUCCAGGGUAUAAACCGCCUCUCGCCUGAAGACAGCUGGGAUAGGCUCCAGCACCCCUGCGACCCUCGUGAGGAUAAGCGGUAGAAAAUGAAUGAAUGAAUAGUUGGAAUAGCGAUUAGCAUGUUGGCCACACAGUCAGGAGAUCGGGAAGACCUGGGUUCGAUUCCCCGUAUGGACAUCUCUGUGUGGAGUUUGCAUGUUCUUCCCAUGUUUUAUCCGGGUUUCCUCCCACAUUCCAAUUGGUGACACCAAAUUGUCCAUAGGUAUGAAUGUGAGUGUGAAUGGUUGUUUGCCUAUACGUAUGUGCUAUAGUAUGUGCUGUCUAAGACAGCUGGGAUAGGCUCCAGCACCCUCCGCGAUCCUCGUGAGGAAAAACAGUAGAAAAUGAAUGAAUGAAUAUCUUUAUGCUUUUUUACCGAUAAUGUUUUUUCAUCAAGCAUUGAGAUUUCUCACUUUGUCCAGUGUCCUUGAACGCGUCAUAGUUAUAUGGUGAGACACAGUUUGUAAGGGAUCCUCUUACAUUGUCAUUCAUUAGGGGUGAAUAAUACAUCUUGUACUUUAAAAUGUGUUUAAUCGUAUGUGAGGCAUAUUUAGGGCUUAACCCUUUCAUGCACGCAUUAUGAUAACCUGUUUCAGGAUUUUUUUUUUUUUUUUUUUGAAAAAAAAAAAUGAUCACCUUCAUUUUUAAAAAUCAUUAAUUUUUCAAGGACUUGGUGAUGUGUCCAUUAGAGUGGACAGCAUACAUUUGAACAACUGAUUAAAUAUAGUUUUAAGUAAAACCAAUAAAAACAAAAACAUAUUGUAAACAGCAUAAAACAUGUUUUUUUUUAUCUUUAACAUUUUGAAAAUUUUUUUUGCCCUUACAAAAGUUGACCAAUGAGUGGCCGCUGUCCCUGAAAGGGUUCAAACUGGAUUGUGCCUCGAGUGAACAAUGGCAAUUGACGAGAAAACGCGCUGAAGCUAAUCUAAUAAUUAAAACAUUCAAUUUUAUUGAAAAUGUUGAUCCCAAAUCGGAGGAAAACAUCCACGUCGAGGUAGCAAAAUGAUUAGGUUAAUUCUGCUAUUUACUUGUGCAUUUACUGGACCGGUCAUCGACCAAUCACAAGGCAGAUAUAGACAAACAACCAUUCACAACUCUGGACAAUUGUGAUAGGAAGCCUGAGUACAAUAGAGAGGUGAGGCCAACAUGCUAACCGCUUGUGCACCGUGCAACUAAUUAUUUGUCGUAAUUAAAUAAAUAAGCAUAUUCCGACCAAUGAAGUGAAAUUGGAUGAUUUCUGGUCUAUGCUAUGUUUCCCUGCUGACAGUAUUAUUAUUCCUUUUAAUUGUAUUAAGUUGAAGGUUUUUUUUUGUCCAACAUGCAGGCAUGUUGAAGUGGACUCAAAUUGGAAGUGUUUCAUUUCAUGCGCAAAUAAAUAAUCUACUGUUUAAAUGUUUUAUUUCAUUUCAGUUCCUUUAACCCAGCGGUGUCCAAAUGUCGAUAUAUUACUUGAUAUCUAAUUUGUUUCAGAUAACUUGGCAUAUAUUGAUUUAUAUUGUAUUAUUAGCAUCUUUAAUAUACAAAAUGUAUUAAAAGUCACUCCCACAUUAUUAAUUUUUCCAUUUUAUGGUCCAAGAUUUGAUUCUUCAUAUGCUGUUUUUCUUAUUUUUCAUGUGAUGUAUGUAAGAUUGUCUGUGUUCUAACUGCGUUCCUACUCUAGUAUCUUACCAAACACUGUUACUUGGUAUACCCGUGUCUUGUUUAGUUUAUUGAGCCAUUGAUGUACAUUUUUACAAUCACAAAUCUCAUCAUUGCACAGUAAAGGCUGAUGCUUCACUUAUAUCCAAUACUCCAGGGGUAAUAGCAGGCUUAAUACCCCCUUAUAGUAUUCAUGGCAAAGCUCUGUAAAAAAUAAAUAAUACAGAAAAAAAAGCAGACAAGUGCUUGUAUUAAGAGUUAUUUUUCCAAAUCUUUGCAUGUAAUUGUUUAGCACAAACUGUAAUACUUUCUACUUGUGAUUCAUGUAAAAUACACAAUUAGUGAACAAUGGCCAAAUGUGUAAUGUAAUGUAUGAUUUCUUGAAAUAAAGACUACCUAACAUUAUUGUCAUAAAGC